AUGGAAUCAAGAUUGGAACAAAUGGUCUCACCUGCGAAUUUAAUCAGGAUUCGAAGGCUGUAUCGGAAUUACUUUGAAGACCUGUUCGCAAUGGCGGAUUUUGAACUUAUCGCAUUCUUACAUCCGAACUCGUUGCUUUUAUCUCCCACCUUGCCGCUACCGUUGUCAUCUUCUUGGCUUUCCAUCAGCCAAUUGGUAAGAGAGGGAGAAGGAGGGGUUGAUGCAGAUGUUGUGAUGAACAAGUGUUUGGAUAAGGAGAUACACGCUCUCCUUCUUUUUAAAGCUCCCCUUAAAGACCCUGAUGGUGGUCUCUCUACUUGGACAGCUGACGAACAUGACUGCUGUAAAUGGAAAGGAAUUACGUGCAACAACCAAACAGGUCAUGUUACAAAGCUUGAAAUCAGCAACUCUGGUCUUGUAGGUGAGAUUAGCCAUUCUUUGCUUAAUUUAAGCUAUUUGAAUCAUUUGGAUCUUUCCAUCAAUUCUUUUCAUGGAAACAUUCCCAUCUUCAUUGGUUCCAUGACCCAAUUAAUUUACCUUGAUCUUUCCGAUAACUCCUUUUAUGGAACCAUUCCUCCAGAAUUUGAAAACCUCACCAACUUGCAACACCUUCAACUUAGUUACGUUGGAAGAUGUAGAGUUGAAAAGAUAGAGUGGUUGUCUAAUCUGUCUCAUUUGGAGAAACUUGAAUUAGAUGGGAUUUCCCUAGCCAAACAAAAUCACUGGGUAGAUGUAAUUCUGAGUCUCCCGAAACUCUCAUAUUUAUCUUUAGAGGGAUGUGAGCUGUCACAGGUGAUGUAUCCAUAUUCUUCUUCAUUUCUCAACUUUUCUUCUUCUUCUUCAUCUAUUGAAGGCCUUUAUCUUGGAAACAACAGUCUCACCUCAUCCAUGUAUCGUUGGUUGUUCCUAUUAACCAGCAAUAAGCUUGGUUAUCUUGAUCUCUCUUACAACAUGUUAGAUGGGAUACCCAAAUAUCUUGGUAACCUCUGUAGCUUGGAGUAUUUGGAAAUCAGUAACAACUCGGCUGCUGUCCAAUUUCCUGAUUUUCUCAACAACUUGUCUGGAUGCACAUCCCUUUCAUUACAAUGGUUGGAUGCUUCUGAUAGCCAAUUUAUAGAAUCAUUGUCCAAUGAUAUCCAAAAGUUUUCAUCCCUAGAGUACUUGGACUUAUCUCAUAAUCACUUAAAUGGAAGUAUAAGUGAGAAACUGUGGGAACUACCCAGGCUCCGAACUCUUUACCUUUCUUUUAAUAAUCUUACAGUUCCUUCCCCAGAUCACUUGUCAAACAUCUCUUAUUUUCAGUAUCUUGAUCUGCGCUCUUCCAAUAUAGGGCCUCUCUUCCCCAAAUGGAUUCAGACACUCAAAAAUCUUACCCGUCUUGAUCUUUCCAAUACUGGAAUUUCAGACACCAUUCCUCUGGAGUUUUGGGACACGUGGCCUUCUCAAUUAAAAUAUCUGAAUCUCUCUUCCAACAACAUUAGCGGGAAAGUACCAGAUUUAUUAUCAAGUUUUGCCAACGGUUCAAAGAUAGAUUUGAGUUCCAACAACUUUCACGGUCCGAUACUAAAUGUUUCUUCUACUUUGUCAUUAUUAAAUCUUUCCAGAAACAAGUUUUCUGGAGGAAUCUCGUUUAUAUGCCAAAUUGUUGGUGGUUUCUUGUCAUUUCUUGACCUCUCUCAUAACUUAUUCAUCGGACAACUCCCCGACUGUUUGUGGCUUUUCAAAGAGCUAAAAGUUCUUAAUCUCGGACACAACAAUCUCUUUGGAAGGCUUCCUCCCUCUAUUGCAUCUUUGAUAGAAUUAGAGGUGUUGUAUUUGUACAAGAACAACUUCUCUGGAGAAUUGCCUUUGUCUUUAAAGAAUUGCACAAGUUUAAUCUCUUUGAAUUUGGGGGCCAACAAGUUUUCUGGUAAUGUGCCUGUUUGGAUAGGAGAAAACUUAUCAGGGCUGUAUGUUCUUAUCCUAAGAUCAAACAACUUCUUUGGAACCAUCCCUUUACAAUUAUGUCAGUUAGCUAAUCUUCAAAUUUUGGACUUGUCAAUGAACAAUCUUCAUGGAACCAUCCCCUCAUGUUUGAGUAAUCUUACGAGCAUGAUUCAACCAAGAUUCUCACAAGAUGUAAAGUUUUAUACACUUGUAAGAGGUGUUGCAUAUGGAUCGGGGAUAUAUGUUGACCAUGCAAUGAUUGAGUGGCAAGGAGAUGAACACGAAUUCUUUAGCACCCUGAAAUUGUUGAAGACUAUUGACCUGUCAAGCAACAAUUUAACAGGACAUAUUCCAUAUGAAAUUACCAAUCUGUAUGACUUGAUUGCCCUGAGCUUGUCAAAGAACUCUCUAUUUGGAGAGAUUCCACAGAAAAUUGGUGAGAUGAAAAAACUUCUGACUUUGGAUUUGUCUAGAAACAGUUUUUCAGGGCGCAUACCAUCAAGCAUGUCUCAGAUGACUUUACUGAAUGACCUAGACUUGUCAUUUAAUAACUUUUCAGGGAGAAUUCCAUCUAGCACUCAACUCCAGUCCUUUGAACCUUCAAGAUAUGAUGGGAAUUCACAACUAUGUGGACUUCCCCUUACCAAAAAGUGUCCUGGAGAUGAAGAAUCAGAAGUCCCACCAAUCGUUGGUAAAAGUAAGAGUGAUGCGAAAGACAUAGAUGAAUUUUGGGGAUGGUUUUAUGUUGCACAUGGCCCCUACAGAUCAACUAGUUUUCAGAAAGAAACUGUUGAGAUUAAAAGGUUGUGAAUUAUGAAAAUCAUGUGACGAUUCAAAAUUAAAGAGCAAAGCGGAAAGUUUUGUUAGUGUUAUUAUGGAUGAUAGUUUUGUGUUUUGGGUUGAUGUCACUGUUUCCCCACAACUUAUAUAGGUUUUGAUCUCAUUUGGUCACUCGUUUAUCUUUUUGUCAUUCAAAGUCCUAAACUUUCAAGAGAUAUAUCAAAAAGGUC